AUGGCAUAUUAUAAUUAUACUAUUCGAAGGAAAAAUAUAAAUAAUUAUCUAAUAUUUUAUAUUAAUUUUUUUCUAUCUAUUUUAUCUAUUAAUUAUAUCUCAGCACAAGAUUUUUCCUCAUUAAUAUCACUUUUUGGUUCUGGUAUUGGUAAUUCUGCCUCUACCACAGGAGGAACUGUAUCAACAGGUAUUGCUGGUAAUCCACCAACAAGUCCUGGAAAUGCAUUAGCAUCAUUAAUUGGUGCAUUUUCACCUGAUGCUAAAUCUCCACUUGCUGGAAAUGAUCCUAUAAGUCAGAUGUUUUCACUUGGUCAAACAAUUGCAAAUAAUCUUCCACCAGAAACAUUUAAAUUACCACCUAUGAAUGGAAAUAAUAAAAUAACACCAAUUCCAUUUAGAUCACCAUUAAAUAAUAAAAGAAAUAAGAAAAAAAAUGAAAAUUUUUUUGGUAAUAAAGAAAUAACAAAUGGUAUUAAAACAUCAACUGAAAAUAGUUUUAAUGUAACAGAAGUAUCAAAAAAUGUUGGAAAACGUAAACGUGGAUCUAAAAAACAUAAUAAAAAAAGGAGAACAAAAAGACCAAGAAAGACAACAAGUAACUUAAGUACAACAAUAAAAUUAUUCUCCACAACUGAGGUACCAAUUACUCAAAAUCAACAAUUUGAUGAAAUACAAAGAAGAAAUAUAAUUAGAACAACACCAAUACCUAAUUUAUUUUUUGAUACAUCAGUAAUAGAAGAUUGGGCUAUUAGAAAAAAUAGAGAAUUUAAGGAACGUCGUAGUGUUCAAAGUGAUAGUUAUCGACCCCCAAAUAUAAUGACAUCUUUUUCUCAUGAUUCAGCACCUAAAAAUGGUUGGGGUAAAAUAAUGAAUAAUUUUGGAAGAAAUUUUAAUUCAUUUAUAUCAGAAAUGACACAAUAUACAAAGACUGCUGAUUUAUCACAAUUACAACAACCAUUAUCUUUACCACCAAUACAACCACCAUCUGGUAAUCCAAUUACUGAAACAUCUAUAGUAACACCUCAACCACUUCCUGAUACUAAUCCAUUAUCAACUAAAAAUUUAAUGUUAGGAUUUUUAAAAGCUAUGUCUCGUGAUCCAACUGCAAUACUUCAACCAUUACCAGAAAUAAAUGAUGGAACAGAACAAGGAAGAAAUCGUCCAUUAAUGGAUAAAUUAUUUGAAAGUGAUAUUGUUUUAACAAAUAAUCAGGCUCGUGCAAUAGUUUUAGCAGAGGCUGAAAAACGAGAUCCAAAUUUAAGAAGGAGAGUUAAAAGAAAAGUAAUUACUGGUGCUGUAUAUAGAUGGAAAAAAGAAAUUGGUAUACCUUAUAGUUUUCAUGAAUCUGAUAAUGACCAUAAAUGGAGAAAUUUAAUACGAUCUGCUUUAGAAUUAUGGGAAAGUGAAACAUGUUUAAGAUUUAAAGAAAAUGGUAUAGGAAAAGAUAGAUUACUAUUCUUUCGUGGUGGUGGUUGUUAUUCAUCUGUUGGUAGAGUUGGUGGUGCACAAAAAAUAUCAAUUGGACAUGGAUGUGAUGAUAAAGGAAUUAUAUCACAUGAAGUAGGACAUGCAUUAGGUUUUUGGCAUGAACAAAGUAGAUAUGAUAGAGAUACAUAUAUAUAUUUAAGAAAAAAAUUUAUUAUUAAAGGUACAGAUGGUAAUUUUGCUUUAAGAACAGAAAGUGAAAUUGAUUCUAUGGGAUUACCAUAUGAUUUAGGUAGUGUUAUGCAUUAUGGACCAAAUGCUUUUACAACAGAUUGGAGUGAAAUAACAAUUGCUACAAAAGAUAAAAAUUAUCAACAUACAAUUGGUCAAAGAUUAAAACCAAGUUUUAUUGAUGUUAAACAAGUAAAUAGAUUAUAUUGUAUGAAUGAAUGUUCACUUACACAAAAUAAAUGUAAACAUGGAGGAUAUCCAGAUCCAAAUAAUUGUAAAAUUUGUAAAUGUCCUGAUGGUCUUGGUGAUAAAUUUUGCCAAAAAGCAGAAGAUACCUCAUCAGAAGGUUCUGAAUGUGGUGGUGAAAUAUUAGCAUUACCAAAUGUUUGGAAUCAUUUAACAUAUAAAGGAAAAAAUCGUUGUGUAUGGAGAAUUUCAGCAAAUAAUGCGAGAAUAAGAUUUAUUUUAGAUACAGCAGAGUAUACAUGUCAGACGACGUGUAAAUCGUUUGUUGAAUUUAAACAUAAUUCUGAUUUUCAACAAACGGGUUUUCGUGCUUGUUGUCCUGAUGAAUAUAAAAAUAUUCAAGUUGUUUCAGAUCAAGCAGAAGUAAUUAUUAUUCAUGAUGGUAGACAAAAUUUAUAUACAGAUGGAAAAUUUUCUAUUAGAUAUAUUCAAGAUGAAGGUAAACCAUUACCACCACCACCUCCAGCUAUUUGGGUACCUGGAAAAGAAAAUAGAAACUUCCGUGGUAUUGAUAGUAGUAAGACUGGUAUUAUUGAAAAAUUCAUAUUAAAUGCAAUUCCUCAAAUAAGAGACCCAAAAAGACCAGCAGAAAGUAUGUUAAGUAUUUUUACAGAUUAUGUUGCUAGUAGUUUACUAGGAGCAACAAGAGACAAAUAA